GCAGAGCGCUGCGGCCGCCGGGACGAGCAGAGCAGAGCAGAGCAGAGCAGAGCCUGCCCGCCGCCUCCAGCCCCAGCAUGGACCUCCGCGCCCUGGCGCUGCUCGCCUUCGCCCUGGCCGUCAUCUCCCUCUCGGAGGAGAAACCCGUCAGCCUGACCUACCGAUGUCCCUGUCGAUUCUACGAGAGCAACGUGGCAAGAGCCAAUAUUAAGCACCUCAAAAUCCUCUCCACACCCAACUGCUCACUUCAGAUUGUUGCAAGGCUCAAGAGCAACAGCAAGCAAGUGUGCAUUGAUCCCAAGUUAAAGUGGAUCCAGGAAUAUCUGGAGAAAGCUUUAAACAAACCACGUCAUCGCACUCAUAAAAAAAAGCAACAGAAGAAACGGGGCCCACUCUGCCCUUCCCGUGCAACACCACUAAAGUCUCCAGGGAGAAAGAAUGGAGGUUCAAGAUGUAAGAGGCAAGCAUUGUAAGCCGUCUACAGGAUUUCUUACUGUAGGACCCAGAGAGCAGAUAACCAGUAUUAGGGAAUGAAUACAUUUCACUGCUAACAUGCAGCACAAAAGCAACGCUUCACGCAUUUCCAAAGGUUCUUUUCUUGGUUAUUUUUGAUGGGUUUUUUUUUUUUUGUUUGGGGUUUUUUUCCCCUUGCACAAAUUGGCUUGCUUUCAUAGUGCUAUUUUUAUAUAGUAAGAUGUAACUAUUUGAGAAAAAUAUGAAUUUAUACAGGUUGGUUUAUUACCUAGCACUGGGGGCAGAUACCAAUUUAAACUAACCCUGUUAUAUGACAUUUUAUUUCCUUUGUUGUAUAGAGGUCCUGCUUUAUUUAACUUUCUUUUGGUUCAUGCAAGUCUCCUGGAGUUUUAAACCUAGAAGGACAUGAACUGUACAGUGCAAUGAUGUUGUGUAAGUAGAGGUGGAACUCCUUGCCUCCAGAAGUCAUAGAGGCCAAGAACAUAGGAAGGCUCAAAAGCAUCAGACUGAUGACAAUAGACAACAUUACCCUGAGUGGCAUUUACAGAUAUUUUGGGUGAGUGAUUAUACUCAGGGCUACAGGGCUAAAGCCCUUUGAAGAUCAGAACCCUUGCUGACAGCUGUGAGCAGCUGGAUCAAUGCACAUCUGGUACUGCAAGGUGCUAAUACUUGGUUUGUAGUAGUUGUGUGUGUUACGAGCCACAACACAGUUCUGAUGUCAUCUGGCAUUUCCUAUGUUCCUGUCCUUCUAAUGAUAAAUUUAGCAAAAAAAAAAAAAAAAAAAAAGGAAUGGGUUGUUACAGCUCUGACCACACGAUCCUGUAGGAGUCAGCUAGGCUGCCAUGCACCAGGCAUUCCAACCCAUCCACAGGAGGCGACUUCAGCUUGCCUGUCUGUCUUUGCACCGAAGUAAGCUGAGAUUUAUUCACCCUUCACCAACGAUGAACUGCCUGAGGGCAAUCACAUCCCCGAUUGCUCUGGAGAUACCCAGAAGAGGAUAUCUGGCCACAUCUUGGAGAAAAGAGAUGCCUGGAGCAAGAAAGGGUCUGUGCAGUCUGUGGAAGGAGAGGUGUUUUACAGGUGUGGAAAUGAAGGCCAACACUCCCAGUUCACCAGCUAUCACGGGUUUGCUGGUGAACAGGAUAGCCUCUGGAAUUCCCUUUGCAAAGCACAGCCUGGGACAAGUACCACUCCUUGCACCGAUCCCCUAAGCCAGAAGUUUCUUUCUCCUUAUUCCUUCCUGUAUACACAAUAUCUGCUACAUGGUAUGGAAAGACAUCUGCAGCACUGCAAUAAUCAUGUCAUGCUGUGCACUGAGAUCUGGGGGGAAGCACAUUUGUGCAGCACAAUGCUUGUGUUUGUAUGUAUCUGUGUUUGUAUUGUAAGCAAAAAAAUGUCGUGAGAUUGUCUUUUUUAAGCUGGUUGAUUCAAAAGAAAUCUUCCCUCUUCCCUGCAGCCUGUGUCAGGAACACUGAGAGGAGUGUUUCACACUCCUUUUUGUGGUAGGCAUCUUUAGUGCCAAAAAGGUGCUUUGGCUAUCCAGGGACUCCAUUAUUUCCAUGUGGAUUCAGGUAAAAAUCUUUCCUUUCUGCAAAACAGGGCUAUUGCAGAGAGGCCUUCAGCUGGGAACACCUCACCUCAUUUGCUUUAAAGCAGAAACAAACUGCUGUGCCUAAAAUAUUUGUAUUUGUGAUUUUGACAUUCCUUUUGUUAUCAUUACCAGCCUGGUGCUUUAAGUAUAUUGUGUCUGUGUUUUGAAAGGUCUGGUACCACUGUACUUGAUGAGAUUGGAGUUUUGAUUUAAUAUUAGCAGGAUCAGAUCCUCUCCUGGAAGGGGAAGGAAAGAAAGAAAUUGUAAGAGAAAAAUGGAGUUUUUUCUAUGUAUUUGAUAUCCUAGGCUCCAUUCCCCAUCCCACACAUGCACCUGCAUUUGCCAGUGGUUUGCCAGAGGUGGACAUGUGCGUGUCCAAGUCAAGAAUGACUGCAGAAAAAGUCACCCAGGAAAGUGCAUCCUUCACAUGUAACUUCUGUCAAAGGACAGCCUGAGGUCUGAUUGAUUCCCAUUGCAGAAAAUGGAGAAUUAAAUAAUCCUCUGAUUUUGAUUCAGCAGCAUGCCCUGCUCAUGAUGAUAUGGGCCAUGAUAGUUUUGUUUCCAGGGGAAACUUUAGCAUUCUGGUGAGAAGGUGGGCUAGGUAGAUGUGACUGCACAGCCCUGCCCUCAUUUACAGGAGCACUGAGAUGGGCAGUGCUGGAACACCCCUGCCAAGCCCAGGCACCCUGCUUGGGAUGGUACAGCCAGGUAGUGCAGGUACUGCAGGAAAGGGGGGCUCCUGUCAGCUUUCUCUAGGGGCUGCAGGGCUAGACUCUGCUAAAGCAAGGUCAUUUGUUCCUGGGACAAAUGCAUGAGUAGCAGCAGGAGGAAAAUUCACUCCAUGAAAGAAAAGGGAGCUUGUAGAGCCAGGUGUUUGUGUGGUGCUUUGGGGGCUGCCUGCCCCAGCCCACACAGAGACUGGGCCCUGACACCUCUGUGCUGGUGAUGCUUCACUUCACUUCUGUAUCUGAGACCACCCAGGGCACGGGCUGCUCUCAGGGGCCAGCAGCGUGACCCUCCCUCACCUGGGUUAGGCUGAGCACAUCGUGAAUGCAGAGGUGACACAGACCUGGCCAGAGACUUAAGUGAGAACCUUUUGAAAGCUUUCUCUUGCUUUGGACCAAAUUCAACCUUGAGUGGGAAGCUUUGCUGUUAGCCUGGCUUUAUUUGCAUGAUGCGCUGCGGAGAGCAGCCUGAGGAGAUGGGAGUGAGGUAGGGACCACAUGUGAACAGGAGGAACAAGAGAUAACACUGAACCAUGCUGAAAAAGCAGCUUCCAUGAAUGUGAAAUCAUCAUGUGGGUAUUUUCAAUGUGCAGCUGUCAAAUCCCAGUUUUAAGAGUAGAUGGUAUUUAUUGCUAUGUCCAUUUUUUAUUUAUACUAGCUUUAUACUUUCACGUAUGAAUAUCUUAUCUGAAUUCUGCCUGAGGAAGAAUGAAAUGAAGGGUGACUUUGAUGUGUUUUUGAUUAAGGUGUUUGAGCAAAGGUGACUGUUUAUUUUGUAAUGAAAGUUUUUUUUCAAAGAUAAAUAUGCACAUUUUGUUGAAAAUGCAUUUCCUAUAGGAGUUUUUGUUGCCAAUUUCCCUUUAUUAGCCUCUACAAGGUCUUUUUCUCUGGCAACUUGUUUUGAGUGAUGUGAUUUAUAGCAGUCAUGGUUUUUUGUGAACUUAUCACCUAAAAUUUGAUUUUUUUUUCUUAAUCAACAUCCCACCAAGAUAAUCAUUGUCUGAAAACAUGAAACUUUGGUUGCCACAGAGAAGAAAACAUGUAUCAUGAUAAAAGGGCUGCAUGAACCUCCCAUCUUUCAUUCCUUAAGAACUCUGUGUUGUCAGAAUGUGGUAAAUACUGUACUUUAUAUUUUUAUUAAGUAAAAAGAAGUAUCUUCCCAAAUAAUGUGAAAAGGGUUUUGUAUUUGUGUUCCUGUAAGGCAGCUUUUAUGGAGGAGUUAUAUUAUGCUUUUGAAAUUACUCCUUUCAUAGAAAAUUUUGAAAAUAAACACUUUUAUAUUGUUGUAAUUUCUCACAUAAAUGUGUAUGCACUUAAAAUUUUCUUAAUAAAAAUAUGUC